AUGGCGGAUGAUGAUAAAUUAUGGGGGAGUAAGGAAGGAAAAAAUUUUAUUUCAAACCUCAGGGUACAAUGGGCCCAACGGAAUGGAUCGGCAGGCGACGAUCAACAGACAAAAAUUAAUAAAGAGAUGUGGGAUAAAAUGCAAGAAUUGAAAAAACAGAUUGCGAAGAAUAUGAAAGGGGACAAGGAUGAGGACGACGGCAUACCAGAAAUACUGUGUGGUGCAGAAGAGGAAAAUGAUGGUGCAAAGUUGGAAGGAAAAGAGAAAAAGAUGUGCGCAUUACUAGUAAGGUUAAUGUUUUACAUAGAAGGUUUAAACGGUGAGGGCACAUUGAUCGACAACGAUGGGACCAACGACAGUAUGAAACCAUUAGAGGACGGGAUGAAGUGUAUAAUAGGAAGUGUAUAUAUACAGAAAAUAAUGCAGCUGGCAUGCUGGGAUAAGGAUAUCCUGGAUCAUGCUCUGCAGGCCGGGAAAGCGCAUGUAAAUGAAAUGCUAAAAGGACGACCAAGCAGAAGCAGGCAGUGUGUGAAAUGGCAAUUUGGCGAUACAUGUGUAGGGGAUUUUCCCCUUGAAGGGAGAAUUACCACAUGGAUGUUGGACGAUAGUAGUGUUACGGACAGAGUGAAGAACGCCUCACGCGAUUCUUCGUGUGCAGUGCAGGACUGGACAAGUAGGAUACAGGACAUGAGGCAAAAGGCGCAGACACGGAUACGUGCUACUGCAUGUGCGGGCAGUCCACGUAACGUACAGUUGAAUGCGAAAACAGGACAAGGGGAACAAGGAAGACCAACACCACCCGCCGCGGCCAAGCCGAACAAACCUGCCACCGCUGCCAAACCAGUAGCGGCGCGACCGGCAUCAUCUGGUGGUCGUGGUGGUGGUAAGGCUGGUAGUGGUGCCGGACCGAAGGAAGGAGUGCACACUGACAAACCUGGGGAAUGUCAAGGAGACAGAUUAGCCGAGUGGAAGCAUCCGACAGUGCACGUGGUGCCUCAGUAUAAUAAAGGAGAACUGGAAAGAUUAAGGGACGUGUUUGAUGAUUUUAAGAAAUAUAUGGAUACAUAUAAAGACCAAGAGCACGCAUAUGGUGCAAAUUGUUAUAAUACGGGUUGGGAUGAUAUAACACGAGCAGAACAUUAUUUCGAGGAUCAAAAAGUAGCAGAUGUCGUAAGGUGCAGAGUUAUGACGCUUGCAUUGGGAUGGGCUAAUGGUUGGAACAACAGUAAACAGGACAAACAUAAACAGCACAAGAACCAGACAGAGAAGGAAAUGGAAGAGAGGCUACGGUGUGAAGUAGUGAAUGUAUUUGGACAUCUACUGAGACACAGAUAUUGUCCGCACCAGCAACACUGGCGAAGAGGCACAGAAUAUCCCUGGAUAGUAUUCAAGAACAUGAAGAGCGCGGGAACAAACGGAAUUGGACAGAUCGAUGGUCCCGUUGUAGAGGGAAAGUGCACCAUGUGUGGGUAUGGGCAUAAUAGACAGCACGUAGACGCAGUAAAUUUGGACCUAGUCCAAUGGUUCUUACAGCACGGGAACAUAUGGGAUGGCAUGCAGAACAUAGACGAGAGGCAGUUCUGUAAUACGAAGUGGGCAGUUUAUACAAAAGACAACAUGAAGGAGUAUGAUACGACACGGGUGGACGAAGAGAAAAUCAAUGAUAUAAAAGAAGUGGAGAAGAACGUAGUGGACGCAGCAACAAGGGUAAUUGAGAAGGCCAAGGUCGCAGUAGAACAGGAAAUUGAACAACAGAAAGGUAAUAAUACGGGUAGCACAGAAUACGCGUACAAAGGAGGCGGCAAGUACGUCCCCACCAUCAGCAUCAACGGGAGAUACAGGACCAAAGGAACCUGCAGGAGCAGCAGGUGCACAGUCUCCAGGAUCUGCACCAUCAUCACCAGGCAGGUCAGAUCCAGGGUCAGCAGCACCGCCUUCAGGAGCAGGAUCGCCACCACAACCCCCACCGUCGGCACCACCGAACAAUGUAGUGAAAAUGAGAUGGAUCAGGAUAAACUUUAUGCUUGCCUGGAAGGCACAGUUACACCUGAUAUCCCUCCUCAAGUGACGGACCCUGAGGAAGAGAACGCUCUUAAUAAGACACUUUGGGGAAGUUCGCGUACCAUUAGUGUAACCGAAGGAAGUACCCCCAUUACCUUCACAGUUCCUACAGGAACUGAAGCAGGGGACAAGACAGAGACAACGGAUCAAAAAAAAACAGCAGCAGCACCAGAUCAGAAAGAUCAGCAGGAACCCAGUAACGCGCAGGUUCCAACGCAUGGGAAGGCCACUUCUUCGGAAGGCCAUGAUCGCACGGGUCCUACAGCAGAUAUUGAUAAACCAUGGGGGGCACCCGUGCACCCGCAGACACCUGCACCAGACUGUUUCUCCGGCAUUACCGAUGCAACAUGUAUUGCGAAGGAUGGUUCCUAUUCUCGCCCUCAUGAUAAUGUCGGCACGAGAGUCCCUGGGCUUUCCUCCCCCGGUAGUACCGGUAAUACCUUAGGUUCUCCCAGUACUCCUUCCACAGCCACUGAUGGUAAAGAUAAGCGAACUGCAGGGACAUAUGACUACGGGGGCCCCCAUAUACCCUUCAACUUUAUAACGGACAAAGGAAAUCUAGAGGGAUCAUAUGGACCAGGUACCCCACAGGUUCCGAGUACACCACAGAACACAAACAUCCCUUCGGGCCCUGAUAUUCCUGACUUAACCGACACGGUGCUUACCGCCACUACUCCCAUCCUGUUUUUUUUCACUGCCGUCAUCGUUGCCUUCCUUGGUUAUUCCCUUUGGAAGCUACACUUAGCAGUGCUCAACGAAUGUGAAGCAACAGAAUGGGAAAACGUCAAAGAGGACUAUUGGCAGAUAUUGGUGGAGGAGUUUGCGAAGGAUUUGAUGCGGGAUUUGAUGCGGGAACACGACAAGCAUAACAAUAUCUUGGGUGUUUCUACGCCAGACCAGGCUUUAUCAGGAAACAAUGUUGCCUCCACCGUCGAUCCAUCCACUGACUCGGACGCAACAGAUUCAUGUCCACCUAACGAAGAGGACCCCGAUCCAUGGUGUUGUAUGGAAGCCAUACAGUUAGCAACGGGCCCUUGUCGACCUCAUGACCCCGAUCCAUGCAAGUGUAUGGAAACUAUACAGUUCGCAACGGAACCUUGUCCACCGAAUGAACACGACCCCGAUCCAUGGAGUUCCAUGGAAAACAUACAGUUAGCAACGGACGCUUCUCCACCUAACGAAGAUAACCCCGAUCCAUGGAAGUGUAUGGAACAUAUCGACUUAGAUGCAGAACAGAAUGCUCAUUCCAACCCCGGGGACGCGACGUCGUACUGCACAAAGUGGACACCGUGGAUUGACCGGCACAAGCACCUAUUGCAGGACUGCACGACGCAGCCGUGGUUUCUGCAAUUAAAAGCGGAUUGGAAACAAUACCUGCGCGAGCACAUGGUGGCAAACGAAGAUAACGGGCACCGUGAACUCGGUGACGCAGCCACCCCGCCGAUGAAGAAACUGCGGUUGUGGAAACAAUGGGUAGCGCGACAACAUGCGCUUAUGCAUAUAUAUGGUGAGGAGGAGUGGUUUCAACAUUUGUUGCAUAAUGCACAGCAGGAGACAGUAAUGGCAAAAGGCGCUAUACCUGUAGUCGACAAACACUUAGAAGUGGAAAAAGUAAUGGCAGCAGACGAUCUGCUAAGAGUGCGAGAUUUACCGCGGUCGCAACUGCACCCGCAACCUUACAUGAAAAAACCGUUAACCGCUAAAAUAUGGAUACUGGUCCUCGCGUCCGUAAUCGAAGAAUGCGAAAUCGAGAGAAGUGUGCAAGAGAAGGAGUUAUAUUUGGAUGACCUAUUGCAGAAGCUCUGCAAUUAG